AUGGGUAAACAAUAUAUAUCAACAGUAAGCGCAUCACAAGCACAUAAGUCGGAUGUACUAGGCUUAGAGAUUACACCACGGUAUACGAUUUCAGUAUCGAGUGACGGGUAUGCCAAAUUCUGGGAUAACAAGAAGGAUGAAGUACACAAUCCAAAAGAAUUUGUACAGUCGGUGUUUAUUGACAAGAGUGGCGUGCACCAUUUAGCCGUUUACGAGAAUAAAAUACCAAGCUCAACCAUAAAGGUGACCAUUGUCGCAUUUGCAUGUUUCAAUGGGCUGAUCAAAUUUAAACAAUAUGUCAAUGAUGAUUUAACCACCUUGGAGGAUUGCGAUCUCGAAUUGAGCAAAAGUUGGGUACCUGGGUUUUAUAUUGAUCCUGAAUCAAAACAGGACUACUUUAUAGUAAACAAGAUGAAUGGAGUUACUGAAGUGUACACAGUUGCAGCCACCGCAGAUGGGGACAAAAUUCGUUCUAUAUUCACUAAGUAUGGUGAUUUACGAAAUGGAGCAUCACCAAACGCAUCAUCAUCUUCAUCGUCGCCAUUUGCAAUUUCCCUUGCUGUCAAUAAAACCGACAACAAAAAAUGUGCCGUGGGAUAUAUUAAUGGAGAUGUUCUCCUCUAUGACUUUCAAAAUCUAAAGGUUGUCUACACAUUCAGAUCAACUGAUUUAGUAGUCAGCAGAAACCCAAAAUUCAACUCAUCAUCAUCGAUACCUCGUGUAAUUGCAUUCUCACCUGGUGGUACGCUACUAGCAGUAGCAAGGGAUAACCAAGCUGCGGGUUCAAUCACAUUGUACGAUGUUCAAUAUGGCGAAAAUGUCGGAACAUUGGCAACUCCUUCACAUUCAGCCAAAAGUGUUGUUGGUGGAUUCGCCCACCAAGGAUGGAUCUUGGGUCUCGAUUUUGACGAAGAAGGGAAAAAUUUGGUGUCUUGUGGAUUCGAUAAAUGUGUACGAGUAUGGAAUUUAGAAAAUAGUGAACGUGAAGCAACGAUAAAUAUUUCGAUUACCGAUUUGGAUGAUGCUACUAAUGAUGAUCAGCAGGAUGAGAGUGUUGCUAGCGGUGUCAAGUUUAUUGGCAAAGGUGUCAGAGGGGGAGCUGGUGGUGAUAGCAAUGAAGGUAUUUGUGUUGUUAGCUUCGAUAGAGGUAUUAGAUGGUAUAGAGAAGCAGGUGGUAUAUAG